AUGACAGCAGACAUUAAAGAACUCGAUGCGCAUGAGCAACCGCCGGACGAACUCAAGGCCAAGUGGAAAAGUUUCUCGAGAAUUGACCAAAAGGACUUGGUCGACAGCAGAGACAUUGACGAUCUUCAAUCUGCAGACAGUACAGCCGAGUUCCGUCUUGCGGGCACCAUUCCCGUUGAGACACUGAACCGGUCAUUCCGCCAUGUCUGCCCCGGCAACACACCUGAAUUCCAAGCCUCCAAGGACGCUCCGAUAUACUACCAUCCUCUCCUGCCAGGUCUACUCAUUGUUCCCUCGGUAGUACCUCCCGAGGUUCAAAAGACCCUCCUGAGACGCCUUAUCCACAGGGAUCUCAGCCAGCCAGCCCACCAAACCAACAUCCACCUCCACUUCAACCUCCCCUACCCACAUGCCGAACAGAACGGGGGCGACACAUCUUUCUUCUCUUACCCGCCCUCCUCCCCUGUCGUGUUCGCCCCCAAGGACCCUGAUGUUCACAAGCCCCUGUCUAUCCGACAAGUCCUCGAGCGCAAACUGCACUGGGUGACGCUGGGCGGCCAGUACGACUGGACAAAUCGCAUCUACCCCUCGGGCGAGCGGCCCCCGGACUUUCCGCCGGACAUCGCCGCCUUCUUGGAAACUCUUUUCCCGGAGACCCUGGCGCAGGCGGCCAUCGUCAACUUCUAUACCCCCGGCGACACCAUGAUGAUGCACCGCGACGUGUCUGAGGAGACGGACAAGGGCCUGGUGAGCCUCAGUUUUGGGUGCGACUCGCUGUUUAUGAUCGCGCCGAAUGACGUGGGAAACAUGGCGGAGGAGGAGGAAGGGAACGGCGCGGCAGGAGGGAAGAAGAAGGAGUACCUCCUGCUGAGGCUGCGGUCGGGCGAUGCCAUCUACAUGACCAAGGAGUCGCGGUUUGCUUGGCAUGGUGUGCCCAAGGUGUUGAAGGGGACUUGUCCCGAGUAUCUGCAGGACUGGCCGGCCGAGGACGGCAAGUACGAGGAGUGGCGGGGGUGGAUGGAGAACAAGAGAAUCAACCUCAACGUGCGGCAGAUGAGGGACUGA